AUGGCGGGCGACUUUAACUGCGUCCAGUGCCCUCUCCUCGAUCGGUACGGCAGUUACCGAUCGCACCGAUCGGAAAGCCCUGCCCUGGACGCGGCAGUUGCGACACUGGGCUUGGCGGAUGCGAGAGAUCUUCGGGAUCAUGCGGAUGACGAGGGCACUGGCGAUCCUACUGAUCAUUUCACUUACUGGAAUGGGGACCGUGCCAGUCGCAUCGAUCGUUUCUAUGUGCCUGAGGGGUGGGUAGGUCGCGUGCUGUGGAUUGAAGCGCGGGUGCCAUCCAAUCAGUCGGACCAUCAGGAGGUUGUGCUACACCUACGUGACCUGAACAAACCUCGUUCGUCAUGCCGGCAUGGGCGUGUAACAUAUCCGAUUCAUUCAUCGAACCCUGGCAGGAUCGUUGACGAACUCGUCGCGGAAAUGGACGGAAGGGCUAUAGGUCAGAGCGUUUCUACCCUCACUUGGGACGCGGAUGUCACAGAGUGUCAACAGUGCGUUCGACGCAUCCGGAAGCGGGUCAAACAGCGCAGAGCGCGAUUUCGUCGGAAGAUUCAGGGCAGAGCUCGGCGACCUCUCCUGACCCGGCCGCAAUUUAUCUCCUGCAAUAUGGAGGAAUUACGGCAGGAACAUCUGGUGCGACUGGGCCAGAAGCUCGCCAGGACGGCUGACCAGUUGCGCUAUUUUUACAAGCGGGUUGCCGACUGGGAACGCAAUCAAACAGUCACAACAAUUUCGCGCAUCCACGGCCCGCAUUUUACCCGGGAUAUGACUAAUGCGGAUAAAUUUGCCUCCGAAUGGUCUACAGUCCUUGGCAAAGUUCAUUGCCAGGAGGAGAGAGUGGACUUGCCGUCAGCCAUUCGCCGUUUUGUCAAUCUACCCACAGACCGAGUCUUGUCUUCUGCCGACAACCGGGCUCUCUUGGCUGAUUUUUCGGAAGCGGAAGUCCUUGCAGCCGUUUCUGGGCUCAGUCGACAUAAGUCGGCGGGACUGGACGGGCUCAACAACGAUUUUUACAAGGAUACGUCUGCACUUCUUGUCCCCGCCCUGGUCCAGCUCAGCAAUCAAAUUUUGGCUGGAGCUGAUCCCCCGCCUUCAUUUCUCGAAGCUUUGAUCAUACCCUUGCGAAAAAAGGGAGACUCGGCGGAUGCGAUGGAUUACAGACCGAUUUCUCUACUCCAAACCAGCUACAAGAUCUUUGCGAAAGUGCUGGCAACACGACUGCAACGCGUAUUACCAAAAGUCAUUGGUGACUCGCAGCAAGGCUUCGUACACGGACGCCAGAUGUCUAAACUAGUGUUGAUGAUGCUCGCUCAACUGGCGACAGCAACAUCGGAUACAACUACAUCCGCCGACGACAGCCGAGUGAUCCUCCUACUGGAUUUCCGCAAGGCUUAUGACACGGUCGAUCGCGAAUUCCUGUAUGAGGCUCUUCGCCAAUUUGGUUUCGCGGAAAGGUAUGUUCAGCUUAUAACUCGUCUACAUACUGGUACUUCGGCCGCGUUCCUUGUAAAUGGGGAACAGUCUCGUCCCAUCUCCGUCGUUUCCGGUAUCCGGCAAGGCUGUCCACUCGCCCCUUUGCUUUUUCUCGUCGUGGUGGAGAUAUUGGGCGUUGCGGUACAGCAAUCACCAGAUUUGUCUGGGCUUCCUGUCCCUGGACGACAUCCGGCAACGCACGUUUUCUCGGCAUUUGUGGAUGACUCGACGAUCUUUCUCGAGAAGGCCAGUCAGCUAGAGCCAGCGAUAGCUCUUCUCUCUCAAUUUGGGACCCUAUCAGGGCUAGUUGCCCAACCCUCCAAGAGUCAGAUCAUUUGUCUUAAUCGGGCUGUGCACGUAGCCGAUAUGCGGGGCAUUCCGGUCCUUCAACAUGCGGACACGGUGCGAUACCUGGGCUAUCAAGUAGGACUGAGACCCUUACACAAUUGCAACUGGGCGCUUCGUAUCCGGAAGCUUCAACGGAGGCUAAUGACAGCUUCCAGGGUGGCGACCAGUGUGGCGAAUCGGGUGUUGAUCCUCAACUCCAUCAUUCUCCCGUCUGUUCUGUUCACGGCGGCGGUGUUCGAUAUGCCUGAGUGGGCACGACUUGCUGUCCACAACCUGGGGAUUGGGUUGGCCUCUUUGGAGGUGGCUAUUAAAACGCAGCGUACCAAGCACGCUUUACAGUGGCUCACACAAGCUCAGGACAAGUAUUUUGGAGCCUGGAGUGCGUGGGCUUAUCAAGGCCGGCCGACAAAUUCGAGUCUGGUUCUCCAUUGCAGGACGCAGGCAGCUGGGGCUGCAUCGUGUGUCGGGGCACCGUCCCCAAAUUCAUGGGUACCGGACGUUGACAAGCUUCUACACCCUACGGUAGAGCAAGCCACCAUUCUCAGCGAGCGGGUACGAACGUACUACCACCCCAUCCUCCACGGCGCCAGUAGCUGGUGGGAGGAGGAGGAAUGGGUGCUGUCGUAUCAUCACCCUUUCCCGGCUGGGUUACCUGCGCUCGAUCCUCAACAGUGUGCGAUUCAUCGCUUUUGGGGGACACUAGGCUGGAGUAAUAACCCGUGGAUCCAGGACGGCAAUGGCCUCUCGUUAAAAUCCGCUACCUAUGACAGGAUCGCCAUCUGCCCCAUCUCGGACCUGCACAUUCGGCGAACAGGGCCAACUGAAUUUAUUUUUCGCAUUAAGCCGGUUGGACCCCGAUCUUUUCACCACUCGCAGCCUAAACUCCGUCGGUGGGCGACGGCAAUCUUGCUGGCAUCCCCUACGUUCCCCAUUGGGGGCGAAUUAGCGCUCGAACCUGAGCUGGUUCUUCGCCAUGCACCACCUUUUCGACAUGAAUGGACCUGGGCCUCGGUCCAACAAGGUCGAGUGGUCGGGAGGCGAGAGGGGUACUUGGAAGUCGCUGACCAGCCUGUUGAACUGCAGCAGAGUGCGGAUGGAAUUCGCUGGUUUUUCACCACUCACCUACCAGAGUUAUCUACUAAUUCGGACGAGGACAGAUCCGUUUGGGCCCUACGCUUGCGUCGUCACGGCGUCGUGUUUUACUCCCAUCCCGGGCAUCAUGGCUUUCCUUGGGCCGUCGCCGAGUCGGUCGCGAACUUAGCUAUACGAAAAGCUAUUUCACGCCUGGCGUUCACGUUUCACAAAGACUUCUUGCAGUCGCAUUGCGACCGCUGGUGCGGCGUCUGGAGGCCGUCUGUGACUUCGAUCAGUGGCAGCGGGCUGCCGCAAACCAAGACCCGGCACACGUUUGGAAGCAUGACAAUGGCCUUUCCGACCAUCAGGUCUGGACGUGUUACCGUAUAG